AUGUCUUCAUCCUUAACUUCACCUUCAUCUUCUCCUUCUCCUUACACUCUAGACAACAGAGCCCUCAGUGGCAUCUCAGGCUCCAUCUCCAUUGCCUGCUGGAUCAUUGUCUUUACUCCCCAGCUAUAUGAAAAUUUUCGUCGACAAAGCGCAGAUGGUCUCUCUCUUAUGUUUGUGAUCCUCUGGCUCUUUGGUGAUAUUCUCAACGUGGCUGGCUCAAUUCUUCAAGGUGUACUCCCAACUGUCGUCAUCCUCGCAAUCUACUAUACCCUUGCCGAUAUCAUCUUGCUCAUCCAAAUUUACCUUUACAACCGUAGAAAUGCCUCUCUCAAAAAACCUUCCCAACCUCGCUCAAAUUCAGUCGCUUCAGCUGUUACCCCGCUCCUAGAAGCCCUCGCAGAAGCUGAAGAAGCCGUCCAGGAAGAUGAAGCAAAUAGAGAAUUCACCUUCAUCAACACCCAUCGCAGAUACAGCAGAGUCAAUACAAACCCCCCUGGUGCAGAUCAGCCAACAACUGUCCCUGAUGACCCCUUUGGCCCCCCCAUUGAACCUGUUCCUUCCUUGGUCGUCCCUCCUCCUACUCCCUUUUACAAAACUGUGAUUACAAACACCUUACUUGUCGCCGGUGUCAUUUUGGCUGGCGUUCUCGGAUGGCUUUUUACUACAUACUACCACAACCGGCCCGGAGCUCCUCCAUCUGAGCCCGAACCCCCACUCGAAUUUGAUUUAUGGGGGCAGAUUUUUGGCUGGGGAUGUGCUGCUCUUUACCUGAGCUCCAGUAUCCCACAAAUUGUUCUAAACUUUAAACGCAAGUCGGUCGAAGGUGUAUCGUUUUUGUUUUUCUUGUUUGCUUGUCUUGGUAACCUUUCCUUUAUGGUUUCUAUUUUGGCCCUUGAUACAUCCUGGCGCUACGUUCUUAUCAAUGGCUCCUGGCUUGUUGGCAGCUUAGGUGAGUUUAUCAUGGACGUGUUUAUUUUUUUCCAGUUUUGGAUUUAUAAUAAACAAGGUGUAAGAAGUGGUGAUGGUAAAUAA